CUGCGAGGGUGCAGUGAGUCAAGGCCCUGCACCACUCUCACUUCUUCUCAACCCGACUUGAGUGACUCCAUCUGCAAAGAUGAAUAAAGGUAUGAUCAUAAAGAACAUGUCCUUCAAGGUCGGGCAGACCCUGACUGUUGUUGGAGUCCCCAAGCCUGAUUCUACAAAUUUUGCAUUAAAUAUUGGCCCUGAUGAGAAGGAGAUCACGAUGCAUAUCAAUCCUCGUUUCAACGCCCACGGAGACGAGAAUGCUGUGGUCUGCAACUCUUACCAGAAAGGCAGCUGGUGCGAGGAGUACCGUGAGGGAGGCUUUCCUUUCCACCAGGGAGAAGAGUUCAAGAUCAUCAUUGAAUUCACCCCGACAGAGUUCCGGGUGACUUUAUCAGAUGGCUCCAAGAUCCACUUCCCCAACCGCAUGGGUGCAGAGAAAUACUCGUGCUUCAGCGUCGAUGGGGAGGUUCGCGUCACGAGCUUCGAGAUCAAGUAAACCUUCACCCUCCCUGGAAUUUUGGAUUGUAAUUCCUUUUUUUCAAUUAGUGUAGCAUCAGGUCACAUAUAUAGCCCCAGCGUUUAAGGUCUCAAAUGUCAUGUGGUAUCAGUAGUGCCUUACGUGUUUAUCAUACAAUGUACUAUGCAAGGAUUUAGCUUGUUGACAUGUGUGGAUGCAAGCAGACAAAAAGAUGACAGUACAGGGUCAUAAUACUCACAUGUACCCAAAGAAACACAGACAGUAAACAUUGUAACUGCAUGUUCUUACUGCACACUUGACAGAGCUACCGACUGAAAAGCAAAGAUAAACAUGAGUAGUGCCAAGCCAAUGUUAUCUCGCUGUUAUUUGCUUUGUUUGCAAUGUUUAGUCGAGAAGUUCUACUUAAGAUGUGAUCCAUUGUUCUUCAAGGUGCUUUGAAAUUCGGCAUGCUUUCUUGUUUUCCCUCCCAGACAUUCCAGAUUUAUAACUGAGUGUAACGCUUGCCUUCACAACAUGUAUUAAAGCACGGACUUGAUCAACAUG